AAAGUUAUCUUUUAAAACAUGCACCAACGGAACUUAUAACAAUUCUAAAAAAAAUAUUACAAACUCGCAAAGUAACAAUGACUUCAUCUAUUAAACGUGGCGCAUUUAUAGUUUUUGAGGGAUGUGAUCGUUGUGGCAAAUCCACACAAUCACGUCUAUUAGUGGAGCAUUUACAAAAGUCUGCGAUACCGGUAAAACACAUGGUAUUCCCCGAACGUACCUCGGAUAUAGGAAAGCUUAUUAAUGGUUAUUUGACAAAUAAACAAGAUUUAAAUGAUGAAACUAUACACUUGCUGUUUGCCGCCAAUAGAUGGGAACAUAAAAAUGAAAUAUUGAAAUUAUUAAAAUCUGGUACUACUUUAGUAGUAGAUCGUUACUCGUAUUCGGGUAUAGUGUAUAGUGCGGCCAAGGGUAUGUCUUUGGAAUGGUGUAAGAGUCCUGAAAAUGGUUUGCCUAGACCAGAUAUUGUGUUCUAUUUAAAGGCUGAAGCAGAUGCUUUACUGGAUCGUGGCAAUUAUGGCGAAGAACGUUAUGAGAAGAGAGAAUUUCAAAUAAAAGUUGCCAAAAUGUUUGAAGAUAUUUAUGUGAAGGAGAAAGAGUAUUGGUAUCAAAUUGAUGCUCAGCAAAAUCCCGAGGAUAUACAUGCAAAAAUUAAGGAAAAAUUUGAGGAAGUUUUAAGACAGGCGCAGACAAAUGAUGUAAACAAAUUAAAAUGGUAAAUACUAGUUAGUUAGUCUCUAGUAAGUGAUUAUCAUAUAAAAUCUGUAUGCUUAACAUUAAGUUUAAAAUGCAAGUAUUAUAUUUAAUAAUUGUUAUAAAUUAUGAAAAUUAUUUUUAAAUUGUAAAAUUUAAUUUUUUUUCAAUUUGUAUUUUGGAUUAAAAGAGCAAAUUAAUUGACAGGAUAAAUAAUAUAUUUUAUUAAUAAGUUUCUUCCAGUAGCUCUAGUUGCAGGUUUUACACACAAUUUGUUUGUAAUUAAUUCGCAUUAAAACCUCUAGUACUGGAACAGAUCAGAUACAGAGUAUAUAAAAUAGUAAUAUAAUAGUGUAAGGUUAAAUUUGUAUAAUAAAUAAAAUGAUAUAUAUUCGAUAUAUGUUAAAAUAUAAUAAAAAAAUAAAUACAUGCAUAAAAUA